AUGUCUUCGUACACAUGCCAGAACAACGUGCCCUCCAGCAUUCCGCUUGCCGAAUACCUGUUCCACAGGCUGCGGCAGCUAGGGGUCACCACGGUGUUCGGGCUGCCCAGCGACUACAACAUGUUCCUUCUGGACGGCCUGGAAAAUGUGGCAGACAUGCAUCUAUGCUGCAACACUAACGAGCUCAACGCGUCCUACGCAGCGGACGGCUACGCGCGCAUGCAGCGGCUGUCCUGCCUGGUGUCGACAUUCGGGGUGGGCGAACUCUCCGUGGUGAACGGGAUCGCGGGCUCGUUCGCAGAGCAUGUGGCGGUGCUACUGAUUGUGGGCAUGCCGCCCGCAUCCGCGCAGCGCAGGAAGCUGCUGCUGCACCACACGCUCGGCAAUGGCGACUACGACGUGUUCCGCCGCCUCGCCAGCGACAUCUGCACAUACUCGACCGUGGUCAGAUCCGCGCACACUGCUGCGGAGGUGCUGGACCACUGCAUCGCGCGCUGCUACCGGGACCAGAAGCCCGUGUACUGCGGCGUGCCCAUCAACCUGGCCGAGGCCAUGCUCCCGAGCGCGCCGCUGGACGUGCCCCUGCCGCUACUUGACGAGCCGUGCGCCCCGCUCGACGAGCUCGUCGCGCUCCUGCUGGACAAGAUCUACGCCGCCAAGCACCCCGUCCUCGUGGUCGACGCCUGUGUCGCGCGCCACGGCUGCAUGCAGCAGCUCCAGCGCCUCGCCCAGGCCACCGACUUCCCCGUCUGCUGCACGCCAAUGGGCAAGGGCAUCGUCGACGAGCAGGGCGCGCGCUUCGCCGGCGUGUACGUCGGCUCGCUGUCUGCGCCGCAGGUGCGUGAGGUCGUGGACUUCGCGGACUUCGUGCUCGUCGUGGGCGCCCUCACCGCGGAGUUCUGCACCUCGUCCUUCCACUUCGCGUACAAGCCCAAGAACAUCGCGCUGCUCCACGCGCGCCACGCGCGCGUCGCUGCGCGCGUCUUCCCCGACGCCCCGCUGCGCGCCCUGCUCGCCCUCUUGCUCCAGCGCCUGGACCCCGCGCGCGUCUGCCACGCCCGCGAGCCCGUCCCCGAGCCCUCCGCCCUGCGCGUCGCGCCCAACCCCGCCACGCCCCUGCGCCACGAGUGGCUGUGGGCCCGCCUCUCGCGCUGGUUCGCGCCCGGCGACAUCCUCGUCUCGGAGACCGGCACGUCCGCAUUCGGCGUCCUGCAGACCCGCCUCCCGCCCGGCGUCUGCGUCGUCUCGCAGCCGCUGUGGGGCUCCGUCGGCUACUCCGUGGGUGCCUGCCUCGGCGUGCUUGUCGCCACGCGCGCCGCCGCCCCGCCGCGUCGCGUCGUGCUCUUCGUCGGCGACGGCGCCCUCCAGCUUACCGUGCAGGAGCUCAGCACCAUGGUCCGCUUGCGCCUGGCCCCGCUCAUCUUCGUGCUCAACAACCGCGGCUACUCCGCGGACCGCCUGCUCAACCGCGCCCGCCACAGGGCCAACGCCCGCUACUACGACGUCCAGCCCUGGCAUAACCUGGCGCUGGCGCCGGCCUUCGGCGCCAGCGCCUACGACCCGCGUGCUGUUACUACCGUCGGCGAGCUCGACGCCCUGCUCUCUGACCCGGCCUUUGCGCAGCCGUCCGUGCUCAAGAUGGUCGAAGUCGCGCUGCCGUCUAUGGACGGCCCGCCGGCCCUGCUGGAUACGCUAGUGCCCGAGCACCCUGAGCACGCGGACCACAAGCGGCCCAAACUUGUCUAA